AUGUUAAAAGGUGCAAUUGAUUCACUCGAUAGUAAAUAAGCAGCUCUUUUCAAAAACUUAGUUAAAUUCUAUGAAACUAAGUAGUACAAAAAAGGUCUUAAGUAAGCUGACAAGCUAUUAGAAUAAAAGCCUAACCAUGCAGAAUCCAUGGCUAUGAAGGCUAUAUUCCUCUAUUUCACUGGAUAAAAGAGUGAAGGAUUGGAUCUAUCAAAGAAGGCUUUGAUGAAAAAUUUAAAAAGUGACAUAGCUUGGCAUAUUCACGGCAUUAUUAAUAGAACAAACAGAAAUUAUUAGGAAGCCAUCAACUGUUACAAGAAAGCUCUUGAUAUUUCUCCAGACAAUGUGCAAAUUUUAAGAGAUUUAGCUUUACUUUAAGUUCAAAUUCGUGAUGUAGAAGGACUUUGUGAUACUCGUAAAAAGCUCCUCUUAAACAAGGAAUCUUUGAUUAUUAAUUGGGUUGCAUACGCUUUUUCUCUUCACUUGAAAGGUUCAAUUGAAGAAUGUUUAAAAGUUAUAGAUUCUAUCAUCAACAUCACUAAAAAUAAUCCUCUCAAGGGUAUUGAAAAAACAGAAUUUUGCUUAUAUCACGCUUAAGUUUAUGCUGAUGGAGGCAACUAUGAAAUGUAAUUAAAGAUACUAGAAUAAAACGAAGAAGGUAUUUUAGAUAAGGUUGCACUCAACGAAUAAAGAAUUAAGGCUUACUUAAAAUUGAAUAAAUAGGACUAAGCAAUUUAAUGCAUUGAAAAACUCAUUGAGAUCAAUCCUUAAAAUAGAAACUACUUCAAUCUCCUUAAGUAAGCUAGAGGAUUGCCUGAAAUUCCUGCUAAUGAAGAAGAGAGACUUAAAAUUGUCAGCUUCUUUGAAGAAAUAGGCGCUAAAUACAAUAGCAACAUUAUUUCAUAUAUGGCUUUAGAUUUCUCAAAAGGCCAAGAUUUUGAAAAUAAACUUAUUAAGUAUAUUACUCCCUAUUUCCGCAAGGGUAUUCCCUCUCUUUUCUCUGAAUUGAAACACCUUUACUAAGAUAAUGAAAAGGUUUAAAUCAUUGAAAAAGUUCUUCUCAACAAUUUAGCUUCUUUACAAAAAGAAUCAAAAUUCCCUAACUCUGAUGCUAUUGAAAGCCCUUGUUGCCUUUUAUGGAAUUACAUGCUCUUAGCUUAACACUUUGACCGUGUUAACUAAUUAACUAAAGCUCUUGAGUACGUAAACCUUGCAAUCAAUCAUACACCCACAUUGAUUGAACUCUAUUUAGUUAAAGCUAAAAUCUACAAGCACUAAUUCAAUCACAAGGUAGCAUUUGAGAAUGCUGAUAAGGCAAGAACUAUGGAUUUAGCUGAUAGAUAUUUGAAUAACAAAGCAAUCAAGUAUGCUUUAAGAUGUGGAUUUUUUGAUUAGGCUAACGACUUGCUCAGAUUAUUCCUUAAAGACCCUUCUGAAGGUAAUCCCUUCGAGUUAUAAACCUUAUGGUAUGAAAUUGCUUAAGGUGAAACCCUUCUUAAAAAGGGUGAAUAUGCUAGAGCUUUGAGAAUGUUUAAGUUCGUCCAAAAGGCUUUUAUUGAUAUUUAUGAGGAUUAAUUCGAUUUCCACACUUAUUGUAUUCGUAAAUAUAAUUUAAACACAUAUACCAAUCUUCUUAACUAUGAGAAUGGUGUUUACAACUAGAAGCCUUUCAUUUAUGGAAGUACUUUGUUAGUCCAAUCCUUGAUGGAAUACAUCACUGUCAGACUCGUAGAAAUUAAAAAGAAAGAGGAAGAAGAACUUAGAAUUAAAAAUAUGACAUAAAUGGAAAAGAAGAAGUGGAAAAAGUAAUAGGAAAUUGAAGCUGAAAAAGCUGCUAAAGAUCCUAAUGUUGAAUUUAGAAAAAAGCAUGACUUAGAUGGAGAAGAAUUCAGAAAUUCUCAACCUUUAGUCGAAGCCAAUCAUGUUGCAAAGCAAUUAAUCCACACUAAAGUUUCAAAUCCUCAAUUAAAAUUCAAGAGUUCUUAUGUCUUAGUUGAUUUCUAUAUUGAAACAAACAGACCUCUUCUUUUAAUUAAGGCUUUGAACAAGGUUAUUUCUUCUAAUCACUGUGCUAAUGGAAUCCAUUUAGCUAAAUUGAAGGCAGCUAUUUACUUGGAAAAAUUCUUAAAGGGUGAUAAAUUGAAUGAACACGUCAAGAAGUAUAGCGAAGAAGCUUUACACAAUAUUUUAAAUGGCAAAACAAUUGAACAAUUUAACACUGAAUAUAUUAGUAAAAAUACUAGCUCUAAUGGUUGCUACAAAAAUGCUCUUCAUGCUUUAAAGUGUGAUAUCGUUUUAGGAAAGGCUAAUAAAGAAUAACUUUUGAAGUUCCAUGAAGAUUUACUCAUGAAUAGAAAUGACUUAACACUUUAAUAAGCAACCUAAUUAUUUGAUGAAUUUAUCAAGCUUAACGAUUUCAAUUACAAGAACGAAGUUUCUGAAAAAUUAUAGAAGUAGUUCCCUGAAAGUGAAUACUACUUUGGAAAGUAUAGAUUUGAUGAAAAGACUCAUCUUGAAUUAGCUCAACAAUAAUAACAAUAAGAUUCAAACAAAAAGUGA